UUUAACGUGGAAGCUUGGUAUUUUUUAAUGUAAAGGCCGAGGUCACACCGAUUCCGACGUCUAAAUAAACUUUAAAGCAGUAAAAUCAAUGAAAUAACUGGAAAAUAAGCAGGGCGAACAAACGGAAAUACUGAGAAACCAAGAGGAGCAGCAACUGGACAACUCGACAUCAUGGCACAUCUUCUGGAGAACCAACUGUUCACGGCGGCCAAGACCAUUGAGCAACAGCUGGACCAGCAGCUUGACCGCCUGGACAACCUAGACUCCGACGAUCUGAAGGCCCUUAGGGAGCAGCGCCUCCGCGAGAUGAAGGACCUGAACAACAAGAAGCAGGAGUGGCUGAGAAACGGUCACGGCACCUACACCGAGCUAGCUGACGAAAAAGAGUUCUUUGAGAUGUCGAAAAAGUCGCCAAACAUUGUGUGUCACUUCUAUCGGGACAGCACCGAGCGCUGCAAGAUCGUGGACAUGCACCUGAAGAUCCUGGCCGCCAAACACGUGGAGGCCAAGUUCUGCAAGGUCAACGCCGAGAAGACUCCCUUCCUCACCCAGCGGCUGCGCAUCAAGGUGAUACCCACCAUUGCUCUGGUGAAGGACAGUAAGACCAAGGACUUUAUUGUGGGAUUCACCGAUCUGGGCAACUGCGACGACUUUGCCACGGAGAUGCUGGAGUGGCGCAUCGCCCACUCGGGGGCCAUCGAUUACAAGGGCGAUCUGAUGCAGCCACCAGAUGUGAAGCGUAAACCAUUCAUCAACCGCCCACACAAGACAAUACGCGGCGGCUACGACUCGGAUGACUCCGAUAUCGAUCUGGAUGACUAACUGCGGGCAGCCCGUCCCACACUCUCGAUUCCCCCAGCUCCAGCUCCAGCUCCAGCUCCAGUUCCACACUCCCACACAAACACUAAAAAGCGAUGGAGAAACGAAAACAGACACACACAAAUCAAAACCUAGCACAUGGAUCUAAACCAAUUAGGCGUACUUUAGCGUUAUUUAUUUAAUUAUACAAUUCCGAUCACUCUGCUGCGGUCCCCAUCGCCACAUAGUAUAAGUGGCUAUUCGGUUGCCUUUCCCCCGAUUAUGUGCUUUAAUAUCUAUCUGUUCAAUCAGCCGCCUCGAAGGCUGAGCCACUCUAGCGAGCUUAAGCGUACUCAAAAUUUGAUCUUUAUGGUAUCUGCAAUUUCAAAUCAUUGUGCACCUCUCAAGUAUACAUAUAUGUUUAGUGGAAUUAUAGAUUUACAAAUCGCUCUCGCUCAUGAAAGCGAUCAGAGUAAAACAAAAAACAAACAGCAUAAAAGACAAGCAAAAACACAUCUGGCAUAUAUAUAUUUUUAACAGUUCAACAAAAGGUGUACUGCAUUUCCUACUGUAGAGGUAACUAACACUUACAUAUUGUACAAGUUUUUUAUAUUUAUUUUUGUAAUUCUACAAAGCAUCAAAGAAAAUCAAAUAUUAAAUUGCAUGUUAAAAACAAA